AUGAUGAACCAACCUGGUAUUGUUCCUUCCCCUGUAGAAAUUGAGCUUCUACGGGAUACCCAUGGCUUUUCUCCUACCGAUAACAUGGAGCUUCCGAUUGCUAACUCGAUGAUCUUAUCGCCCCCUCCCGAGAAGGUUGGAAUCUAUUUUAAGACUUUCGAUGUUGGACUUCGUCUUCCUCUGACUGACUUUCAAGACGAGUUGCUUCAAAAGAAUCGUUGCAGUAUUAAGAUGCUCACUCUGAACGCUGUCAAUAAGAUGGUUGCUUUCAAGAUGUUUUGUUGGGCCAACAACAUUCUACCCAACUCAUUCGUCUUCAAGUUCUUCUUCUGGUCUAGUGCUACUAGGGAUAAUUUCAUGUUCUCCACCGAUCGUGGUGGCCACGUCUUGGUCCCUAACAGCAAGAAUCCUAAGAAAUGGCAAGAUAAAUGGUUGUGGGUCAACCGGGAGCGAGUUAGUUAUGGGCAUUAUCGGGCGAACGAAAUGUCAAAUUUUACUCACAAGUUAUUCCCACACAACCAAGUUACUGAUGAAAUCUUGAAGACGUUCCAGUUCGUUACCGACGAGUACUCGAAGGCCGUUCUUUCUGGUGUUGGGAUGAGCCCCUCCUGGCGUGCACGGGGGAAAAUGUUGAUCUUUUAUGUUGUCAUGGAUGGUUUUGAAACUCCAGUGUCAAUCGACUCCGUUCUUUAG